CCACCCAACCCCCCGCGUCACCCUCUCUUCAUCAUCUUGGAUGCUGUCUAUAAAUUGGGAACGCGCAUAUCCAGAGCAGAAAUUGCGACUAUUUUGGAUUUAUAAAAAGUUUUGAAAAUGAACCAUUUGGCCCGAGGGCCGAGGCCCUGUGUCUCCCUGCGUUGUUGCCUGGUUAACAAGUCGACAAUUGGUCAGAAUAAGAGGCAGCGUUACAUCAGUUCAUUGCCACCCACCAGUAGCAGCACCAGUGUCAUCAUCCGCAUCAGCGCCAGCAUCUGUCCAAGCCUUCUUAACAACUCCUUCGCCGGCUGCACGUUCCUAGGCACUACUGGUAGUACUUUGGGCCGCCCGCGCAGUGCGGCCGCCCGAUCGUUUGCGUCUGCAUGGAGUCAAUGAGACGUAACGAGGCGAACACUAGCCACCACCCGAAUAAGGUGGCCCUGAAUAGCAGCAACGUAGCAACGGAAAGCAAUAUUAAGAAUAAUAAAUUGUUAGCUAAUUUAAGUGCGGCAGGAGCAGCUACAGCUACAACGGCAACAACAGGAACAUCAGCAGCAGCAACAACAACGACGGCGAACCAAGCGCUGAAUUUCAAUAACAAAACGAAGGCAACAACAUCAACAACAACUGCGGCGAAUAAUCAGAGGAGCAACCACAAUAACAACAACAACUCCAGUGCGAUCAAGAAGCAUACAAACACAAAACUAGCUGGCAAGGGCGCUGCUUGCAACAACUCGUCUUCGUCACUAUCCUCGUCGAGCAGCUCCAACUCGAGCGAGUCUAAGGACACGAAUUUUGAGUACGAGGACGAGUGGAACAUUGGCGGCAUACCAGAGCUGCUGGACGACUUGGACGCGGAUAUCGAGAAGUCGGCGCAUUCUUCGGGUGGUGGCAACCAAGCUACCGCGCUAAAUGCCAAGCAGGCAAACAGCUCCUCCACAUCCUCUUCAUCAUCCUCCAAAAGCGUCGCUUCAUCCUCAGCAGCAGCAUCGGCGGGAUCAUCAUCGUCGCAUAAAUCGCACAAGACUACAUUGCACAGCAAUUUGUCGGCCACCUCGCCAACCACAAUUAAGUUCACACGUCAGCCGGUGGCCAGUGGCGGAGCUAAUUCCUCCUCCUCAUCAUCAUCAGCGACGCCCAGUGGUGGCAGUACAAACGUGGUGGCCAAGGGAUCAUCCUCUUCCUCGUCCUCCACAUCCUCCUCUUCAUCGGGGAAGCAUCAUCACCAUCACCACCAUCACUCUAACUCAAGCGGCAGCAGUUCCAAGGGCUACAAGUCCGCUUUGGUGGCUCAACUGAACAGUCCGAGUCCACUGAACAAUAGCUCCAAGUCCCUGAGUGGAUCGGGGAGUGGAAACGGGAACACAAACGGAACAGCGGGAGCUGGAGCCGGCAGUACAUUGUCAUCGUCGACAUUUGCUGGGUUCUCCAAAGGUGGCAGUUUAGUGUCCUCGUCGGCUGGAGCAGCAUCAGCAGCUUCAACGGCGGGCAGUGGACAACAAGGCUCCAAAUUUUCCGCUGGCGGCAUGUCCUCGCAAACGGGCAGCGGCAGCGGCGGCAACAACUCUAGCAACAGUAACAACAGUAGCAGCGGAAGCGGAGGCAGCGGCUCAGGCAGCAGCACAGGGAACAGCGGAAGCGGUAGCGGGAGCAACAACAACACAAGUGCCGGUGGGCCGCCGAGUUCGCAAGGCGGCAACAGCGGAAACGGUAGCAGCUCAAGCUCCUCAAGUGGUAAAUCGAGUGCAAAGAUGUCCAUAGAUCACCAGGCGACGCUCGACAAAGGACUCAAAAUGAAGAUCAAGCGCACCAAGCCGGGCACCAAAAGCUCGGAGGCCAAACACGAGAUUGUGAAGGCCACCGAUCAACAGCAGAACGGCGCCCUGGGCGCCGGAUCUAAUAACUCGGUCAACGAGGAUGGGAGUUCCGGCUCCGGUUCCAGUUCCACCAACGCGUCUUCCCUGGGAGGCAACAAUUCGUCGAGCAGCGCAAGCAGCGGCAGCUCCUCCAGCAGCGGCAGUUCAUCAGGCAGCAGCAAGAAACACCUAAAUAAUGCCAAUGCCGGAAGUGGCUCCUCCUCAUCUGGAGGAGGAAGUCAGAACAAUGCCGGUCAUGCCAGCGGAGGGGGAUCCUCCGGCAGCAGUCAAUCCACGCCGCAGGGAACUAAACGCGGCAGUUCUGGUCAUCGGCGAGAGAAGACCAAGGACAAGAACGCACAUUCCAAUCGCAUGUCCGUGGACAAGUCAGCGGCAGCUGCAUCUGCGGCUGGAGAAAAGGAUACCCCAGAGAAAGGUUCCGGAUCGGGAGCAGGCGGAUCACCUUGUUCAUGCAACGGAGAUGUUGGAGCUCCAUGCACUCACCAUGCCUGCAUUCGUCGUGCUGCACACAUGUCCAACUCUGGCGGAAACUCAAAUUCGAGUGGUGGCAAUGGCCAAACUGGUGGUUCAUCUUCCAUGUCGGCAGUGCCACCGGGGGUGUUCACACCAUCAGCAGGCUCACCUUCUGCUGGAUCACCAUCGACAGUGGUGCCUGCGGCUGCUUCACUUCUCGCGGCGACCGGAGUAGCCUCCUCCUCCGCCUCCCAACUCGCCAGCAGUAAUGCAGGCGGUGUUGGGGGAUCGGGUGGAGGUGCCAAUGCACCGGGACCGCCGGGUAAGGACUCAGCCGGCAGCAUUAAAAUCUCCUCGCACAUUGCCGCCCAACUGGCAGCGGCUGCCGCUUCAAACAGUUACAGCGGGAGUGGCACUAACUCGAAUCAGGGCCAGAAUAACACUUCUGGUGGCAACGGCGGAGCGGAGAGCAAAACAACAGCGGCGGCCCAGGCCAAGCUAAUGGCACCCGGCAUGAUCUCAGCCACCAUGCACCACACGAUCUCGGUACCAGCGGGCAGCACAGGAACAGGCGACGACGACACCAAAUCGCCACCCGCCAAGAGAGCCAAGCAUGAGGCUGGCGCUAGCGGAGCAGGCACUGGCAAGGAGAUGGUGGACAUUUGCAUUGGCACUUCGGUGGGCACUAUCACCGAGCCGGAUUGCCUGGGACCUUGCGAACCAGGUACCUCCGUAACCCUCGAGGGUAUCGUUUGGCACGAGACCGAGGGCGGCGUUCUUGUGGUAAACGUCACGUGGCGGGGCAAGACUUACGUCGGCACCCUGCUCGACUGUACCCGACACGAUUGGGCUCCUCCAAGAUUCUGUGAUUCACCAACUGAAGAAUUAGAUUCUCGAACUCCAAAGGGACGCGGCAAGCGCGGACGUAGUGCAGGUCUCACGCCCGACCUGAGCAACUUCACGGAGACCAGAAGUUCGAUUUACUUCUCACACGCCCAGGUGCAUUCAAAACUUCGCAAUGGUGCCACCAAGGGACGCGGUGCGACGCGCAGUGCAUCCGGUAAUGCAGCGGCGAACAGCAACAGUGGCUCGUCGGGUAAUGGAGGCGGCGCUACGCCCAGUACUUCCCCGACAGCGUUUUUGCCGCCGCGUCCGGAGAAACGCAAGUCCAAGGACGAAGCGCCUUCACCGCUCAAUGGCGAUUCGGCAGACGGAGCGUCUGGCGGCGGUAUCGGUGGAGUUAACAUGGUAAAUGCCAGCGGCAUACCCAUCUCGGCCAGCGGCGGUGGCCUGGCCACGCAGCCGCAAAGCCUGCUCAAUCCGGUCACCGGCCUCAAUGUGCAGAUCAGCACCAAGAAAUGUAAGACUGCUUCGCCCUGCGCGAUCUCCCCGGUGCUGCUCGAGUGUCCCGAGCAGGACUGCAGCAAGAAGUACAAGCAUGCCAAUGGACUGCGCUAUCAUCAGUCUCACGCUCACGGAGCGGGCGGUGGUGUAAGCUCUAUGGAUGAGGACUCGAUGCAAGCACCCGAGGAACCGGCCACGCCACCCUCGCCAGGAGUUGCCAGUGGAGCAGGACAAGGGGUAUCUCAGACAUCAACAGCAGCAACAGCGACAGCGCCAUCAGCCGGUCAAGGAACUGUGGCAGUGCCCUCGAACACACCCAUCGCCAAUUCCAACAAUACCGUAACCAAUGGCAGCGCUGCACCCACGACACUAGCUACUGGAUCGGUAUCUAUUGCCGCCCCCAUCAUUACCCCCUCUGUGGUAGAGGCGCCAUCUCCAGCGCCGAUUUCUGCACCUCCACCAGCCACGCCGCCAGCUCAAACUCCCAUCUGUGCUGUGGUAGCACCUGGAGCCGAGCAAUCUGCAUCAUCAGUAAUGCCGUUGGGCACUCUUCCAUUGACAGCAGGUCCAAAUGCCGCAACACAGCAGCAACAGCCUCCCACACAGCAGCAGCAACAGCAACAGUUGCUCGCCCCAGGUGGUAAUGCGGCAAGCAACCAGCAGCAGCAGCAACCGGUAGCCGGAGGCAGCAUCACUGCAGGAAUCUCUGGUCAAGCUUUGUCACAGCACCAGCAACAGCUAAUGGGUGGACUGCCGGCCAUGUUGUCAGAUCAACAGCAGCAGGCCUUGUUGCAGCAAGGAGCACUGAAAGCGGGGGUACUACGCUUUGGACCUCCGGACGGCAAUCCCCUGCAGCAGCAGCCAGGUCAACCACCAAUCAAUCCACAGACGCAACAAUCGCCUCCAAGGCCGCCGAGUCAUGUCCAAGAUCAACAGACACCAUCGGCCUAUGCCCAACAGGCAGGACUAAAGACCUCGCCUGGAUUUGGCGUGGGUGCCGCUGGCAGCAAACAAAAGAAGAACCGCAAGUCACCCGGACCCAGUGACUUUGAGGGUCGUGUUUCACGCGAGGAUGUACAAAGUCCGGCCUACAGUGAUAUCUCCGAUGACUCGACGCCAGUGGCCGAGCAGGAGCUGCUAGACAAGUCAGUCGGACAGGCAGUGGCGGCAAAGCACAUAGAGUUGAUGGGCAAAAAGCCAUCGGAUGUUGGCGUUGGUGUUCCACCAGCCCCGGCUCCCAACAUGUAUGUGCCGGGAAUGUAUCAAUUCUAUCCGGCUCAGCAGCAGGCACCACCUCCACCGCAACAGCAGCAACAACAGCCUCAAUAUAUGGUGCAGACGGAGCCAGGAAAACCACCAGGGCUGCCACCUGCUCUGACACAAUCUCAACAGCAGCAGAUGCAACCGGGUGCUCCUCCGCCUACCUCACAGCCUCCGAGUCAUUUGCUGGGUCCACCUGGGCAACAGUCGGUCGCCGCUCACCUGGCGGACUACAGUGGCAAGAACAAAGAUCCGCCGUUGGAUCUGAUGACCAAACCACAGCCGCAGCCAGGUCAGCAGCCUUCGCAACAGGGUCAACAGUCAGGACCCGAAAACAAUGGCAAGGAGGUCGUGGGACCGCCUACCUCGCAGCCGGGAUCUCAGCCGCCGCCGGUGAACCUCAGUGCAGUGGCUGGACCGCCGCCAGGUACCUUGCCACCUGGUCUAGGUGGACUCUCGGCGUUGGGAGCAGCCGGUCUAGGUGGCCCCGGACCGGGCAAGGGCAUGCCCCAUUUCUAUCCGUUCAAUUUUAUUCCACCUGCGUAUCCAUAUAACGUGGAUCCCAACUUUGGGUCUGUUUCUAUUGUGGCUUCAGAGGAGGCCGCUAAACUGGGCGGACAUCCAGGUGUGCCUCCUAGUUCGCAAGCCCAACAGCUGUCGGGUAUCAGUAUCAAAGAGGAGCGCCUUAAGGAGAGCCCUAGUCCGCACGACCAGCCCAAGCAUUUGCCACCACAACAGCAGAUGAUUGCCAACAAGCUGAUUAAGCAGGAGCCAAUGACCAAGCAGGAGAUCAAACAGGAACCCAACUCAAAUCCUGGUCAGCAACAUCCGCCACCGCAGCAACAGCCGGCUCCUCAACCCCAACAACAGCCGCCACCUCCACAGCCACAACAACCGCAUGCCCUGCAUCCCAAGGAUCUGCAGGCACUGGGUGCCUACCCCGCCAUCUACCAGCGCCACUCAAUGAGCCUGGCAGUGCAGCAGGCGCGCGACGAGGAGCUGAGACGGUACUACAUGUUCACGGGGCGUCAAAAUCAAGCAGCCGCCGCUGCUGCCGCGGCAGCCCAGAGCGCUGCUAGUGGUGGCCUCCCACCACAUCCUGGUAUGAUGCACAAGGAUGAACCCGGCAUGGGAUCGGCGCAACAACAGCAACAGCAGCAGCAACAGCAAAUGCAAAUUGCCCAGCAGCAACAGCAGGCGAUUCAACAACAUCAUCAGCACCUUCAACAGCAACACCAACAGCAGCAACAGCAGCAGCAACAACAUCAACAGCAGCAGCAACAACAACAGCAGCAGCAACAACAGCAACAGCAAAAACUGAAACAGUCGCAGGCGGCAAGUGCGGCGGCCAAUAACAAGGCCACCAACCUGACGAAGGACUCGCCCAAACAAAAGGGUGGCGAUGACGAUCAGCCACUGAAGGUGAAGCAGGAGGGUCAGAAGCCGACCAUGGAAACGCAGGGUCCCCCACCACCACCCACGUCUCAGUACUUCCUUCACCCUUCGUACAUUUCCCCAACGCCCUUCGGUUUUGAUCCCAAUCAUCCCAUGUACCGCAACGUGUUGAUGUCAGCUGCGGGACCGUACAAUACGGCUCCGUAUCACCUGCCGAUCCCGCGCUACCAUGCCCCCGAAGAUCUCUCGCGCAACACUGGUACCAAAGCCCUUGAUGCUUUGCACCACGCGGCUAGCCAGUACUAUACCACCCACAAGAUCCAUGAGCUCAGCGAACGGGCCCUCAAGUCGCCCACCAGCGGCAGCGGCCCCGUCAAGGUGAGCGUCAGCAGUCCCAGCAUUGGGCCGCCCCAACAGGGCGGACCCACGAGCAGUGGCCCCGGAUCCGGACCUGUUUCCGGUGUCCUCGGCCCAGGCAGCGGUCCCAACCAGCAGCCCGGCUCGGCACCUGGGUCUGCGGGCGGUGUGCCGCUGAACCUACAGCCACCACCCGGAGGAAUGGGCCCGGCGCCCGGCAGCAAGCCGGAUCUCUCCGGCCCGAAAGGACAUGGCGGUGUUCCGCCCGGUUCGUCUUUGGACGGCCACAAGCAGUCGAUGCCCGGAGGUCCGCCACCAAAUGGGCCACCAGGAAAUGGAGCCGUUGGCGGAGUGGGAGGCGCUGCGGGCAAUGGCGCAGCGGGAGGAGGCGGUGCAGGUGCCGCUGACUCGCGUAGUCCACCGCCACAGCGUCAUGUGCACACCCACCACCAUACGCACGUAGGCCUCGGCUAUCCCAUGUACCCGGCGCCCUAUGGAGCGGCUGCUGUAGCUGUGAUAAACCCGUUUCCGCCGGGUCCGUCGAAAUGAGAUCCACUGAACGGCAGCAACGAGAAGAAGGGGUAUAACGUGAAGAACAACUAGUGUUGAGCGGAACGAGAUGGUCCGUGCCCAGAGUGCAUUUGCUUAAUUUCCGAGAUAUCCCCCACGGGCAGCAGUGGGUGAUGGAUAAAGGCUUUGUUCCCCCAAUGGAUUCCAACCACUUCCCGUCUAAACCUAUCGUCGCUAUCUUGGCUGCCUCUUAGAGUGUCCCUACGAUGCUGAAUGCAUCGGCGGUGGAGGAACCGAGAGGAAUACAGAAUCCAGAAUCGACUAUUUAUAUUGAAUAAGUAUUUUUUGAUGUUUCGUUAAACGUGGUUAACUAUAACUAGCCUAAGGUAUCACUACUAUUACCACAUACAACCUAUACAUAUAUAAAUAUAUAUAGCAUAACUACG